AUGUCGAGCGUUGGAGGAUCUUCCCGUCUUCUCGUGGUUUGCUGUUGUGUGUCGUUUAUCAGUGUUUUGCUGUACUGUGUUGGUUUUGUGAUACUUGAGUUACAACUAGAAGCUUAUAGAGAAAGACUCGAGACCUUUGAGAUCAAAGAAAAAGGUCUUGAGGAAACACGAGCUCAGGAGAAUGCAACAAAGGGUGAGUACACUUCAUAGUGAGGAAAACUUCUUGCCAAAGUCUCGUGAACGAGGACAGUUCGACUUGUUUUUAAACUUUCAGUCCAGACUGAGGCCAGAACAAAAUUGGACUGAGAACUAAUAAAUGAACAAAAAGGAACAACUAAAUCUAAACAUGUUAAGCGCACAAAAGAACCACUGAAAUUAUCAUUGAGCAGUGUUGGUAUUCCACAGGCAGUGUCUCAUAAACUCGCGUAAGCCCUAUUUAAGAAGGGAGAAACGAUUUAAUGACGGUGAGAGGGUAAACAGUCCCAUUUUAGAACUUUUACCACAUUUUUAAAUUUAUAGUUACCCUCCGACAGCUUUGCGUCCGUCCGUAAGUCCGAAAAGUUGUGGGUGUGCGACAUAUUGUUUCCUUUUUUUUUAAUGUUUGAGAAGCUCUUAGUGAGUUUUCAGUGCAAUAAUAAGUUGUGUAAUCUCGUAAAUAGCUUUUAAUCUUUGGUUUCAUUUCAUAGCUUUAAACUUAAACCCCACGUAGACAGAGAACCUCCAAAGAGGCACCUUCAUCGUGCGGAAAAUGUACUAACUUUGAGCCCUCAGUACCUUUCUCUUUCAAAUACCAAACCAUUAAAAAACUUUACACAUGGAUUAAUUUCACAGAACUUCAGUCUCUCCGCUCUUCAGGAAAAGAGAGGAGCCCGAGAGCUGCUGAGACUCCUCCAAAAGGAGACAAUGACGUUUUAACUCCAGAAAUACAGCAACAAAUCAACAGAUCAAUUUACUCCGUAACGAAAAAGAUCUGUACCAGCAGAAGUCAGAUCUGUGUACAAGGACCCCCCGGAAAGGUUGGACCCCGAGGGCCUCAUGGUCCCCCUGGAUAUCCGGGGCUUCCCGGACCCCCUGGGAUUAAGGGACAGAAGGGUGAGCCCGGAAAGCCCACCUCACUGACUCCGACCUCCCUCCAGCCAUUCAGGGGACAGGCAGCGGAUGUUAUUUCUGCCCCUGGGAUUGUGGUGACACCAGCUGUCAGCACUAUUGCCUUGGGUCAGUCGGCUUCAUUCCAGUGUUUGGCGAAGAAAAACAUGGAUGUGACAGUUUCCUGGUUCAAGGAAGUUGGCUCCCUUCCAAGGGAAGAUACUCCAUCAUCAAAGGAUCUCUACACAUCAAGAACGCUACAGUGGGUGACAAUGGGAUGUAUGUUUGCACAAUUCGUACUGACCAGGGGACCGCUCAGGCUUCUGUUACACUCAACGUGAAAGGUAACCGAUAAACGUUGCUGUUACUAGGCCAGUUACAUAUAUGUUUGCUUCGCCGAUAAUGGCAAGUAGCAAUCUCAAUGGUUUAAUAAUUACCAUAACUAGUUCUAUUUUUGGAAAAUGCUUUCUUUACUUAAGGAAAAAAACAGCCUCUUAAUUUCAUCAUACACUGUAGAUCAAUACCUUGGUCAAUUUUGAGACAUCACUAUCUUAAACAGUUUUCAAGUUAAGAGAAAUUUGUCAGGUUUUGGCAUUGAUGAUUUCACAUGUUAAACACGGAGAUAACAUGUUUAAAAACUUUCAUCAAUAAGGGGCCUUUAUUACGGUGAUAUCAAUGUUAUGACAAAAGUCAAUUUAAAGAAAAUCUGUGGUAACGUACCAUCCUUUGGGACAAACAGUAUACCGUGUGACUGGAGUACAUUGUUAUACAUACUCUCUUGAAGUUAUAGUUGCACAGGUCAAAAUCAUUUUCUUCAUUAUUUUUUCCAACUAUAUCACCUUAGCUCGUCCACUCAUUUCUCUUCCUACCGGACCGAUCUACAGCGAGAGUGGAAAGGAAGUCAAACUCCCUCUAUGCCAGGUCAUAG